GCGACAGUUUUGUUACGGCCAUCAAAGCAAGCUUGUUCACCUAUCAGAAAGUGAACAUCCCUCUGUACCGAGGCAAAAACAAGCUAUGAUUCGAAUUUGUGGGCCCAAAUUCUCCAUGUGCUGCUCCAUUCUGAGUGUAUGGGGCAUCAUAAUGUUGGUCAUUAUGGGCAUAUUCUUAUUCACGCACAGCGUAGCCUUCGCGGAAGACCUGGGAAUUGAAGCCGAACACAUGAAAAAGCACGAGUUUCUGACCGAAGCCAACCGGCGGUUCACCCAGGCCGCGUACAACUGUUGGAUUGCGGCUUGUUUGUAUGUCGUGACGCUGGCAGCAUCCGUGCACCAAAUCUACAUGAACAGAAGAGCACAGCGCUCCUACUAGAGACAUAGUUCCUUGCACUUGAAUUGUCACUGGUGUCAUUUAAGCAUUCCCUUGAAAACUGCCUGAAACUUCUGUGUGUUUGUGAUUAAUGCAGGUCAUAGCCAAGAGACCCCAGUUGCUAGUCUAGCUUCCCUGUAAAUAUGCAAUAAAGGCUGUACAUAUGUGUUUUUCGUUAUA